AUGGCUGUGGCCGACUUUACUGGCGACGGUUGCCCGGAUGUCGUGGUCAGCUACCACAGCUUCGUCAAAGCCUACAAGUGCACCGACGGCAAGGGCGGUGCAUUUGCACAUUACGAGACGCUGACAUCCUCGGUCAGCCACGCUGCCGACAUUGCAGCGGGGCAUAUCGACAACAACGGAUAUAUUGACGUUGCUACCGUCUCGAAGAACAACGCCGACGUGAUCUAUUUCCUCAACCAUGGUACCUUCUUUGGAUCGCAAGUUGUGCUCAAGUCCACCGCCGAAGCUAUUCACGCUGUCGCCUUUGGCCGCAUGAACAACGACGGCUAUGACGACCUGGUUGUCGCUGAUCGGCACUACAUCCACUGGUUUGCUCGACAGGCUGGUGGCGGCUACGUGACCGGGACCGAGACUGUAGUCUCGUAUAUUGUCGAUGUCUACUUCGGCAGGAUCGCGACCGGUCACAUGAACGCCGACUCGUACACAGACGUUGUCUCGGCGUCAUACGGCCACGACAAUAUCGACAUCCACCUUUCCAACAACGCCGCAGGUUCCUCGUUCACCACCUCAUACGUCACAAGCUCUCUCAACACUAACGAUCUUGUCCUCGCCGACCUUGACCAGGAUGGCAUCAACGACAUUAUCUACGUCUCCCCUACCUUGGGCAGGCUGGGCGUACUUAUCAAUAGCGGCGUUGCGACCUUUUCUCACCAUACCAUCACAUCUAGUCUCGCGUCUGCUCGUGGCGUCUCCGUCACAGACUGGAACCAUGAUGGCAUCCCUGACAUCCUCGCCGGAAGCUCGUCCCAUCUCAAAGUGUUUCUCAACUCGGGCAGUGGCACGGCGUACACCAGCCACCCCAUCGACGGAACGACUUCCUCGGUCCGCGACGUCGGUGUCUUUCCCGUCAAUGAUGGCCUUAUUGCCGUUGCUGCACUCGACAACCGCCCGUACUUCACCGACAUCUACACAGACAUCGGCAAGUUUGGCGCCGGAACCCAGAUUGAUUCAGGCCUGGGCGACCCAGGGCCGCGCGCCACCGCCAUCGCCGAUCUCGACUCGGACGGCGACGGCGACAUCGUCGCCGCUAUGGCCGGAGGCAGCCUCGUCUGGUACCGCAACGACAACGAAGAUGGCACCUUCACUGCCGCCAUCACCGUCGAUGCCUCCACCCCCUCCGGUCCGCGCUCUCUUGCCGUGGCUGACCUCGACGCUGACGGUGCUCUAGACAUUGUCCUUGUCACCGACUCGGGCACUCUCGGUUGGUACCGCAACACUAAUGGGAUGGGAUCUUUUGCUGCUCAUGCCCUCCUCACAUCGCCUACAUCGCCCACGCAUGUUGUCGCCUGCGAUCUCAACGCCGACGGCUUUGUCGACCUCGCCUACUCCCAUGCUUCUGGCGCGUCGUGGCUCGCCUCGACAGGCCCCGCCUCGUUUGCAACGCCGGCAUCCAUCUCGACAGACGCCCCGGGCAUCUGGCUAGCAUGUGCCGAUGCAGACGGCGACGGUGCGCACGAUCUUGCCACGCUUGGAGAUGACGACCUCGCCUACCACCACAACGAUGGCGGGACUGGCACUUUCUCUUCCUCCAUCGUCGCCACCGGUCUCACCUCGCCGGUUUGCGUCACCUUUGCUGACCUCGACAACGCCAAUCGUCUCGAUCUCGCUGUCAGCACCGAUCCCCCUGGCGUCGUCAACAGUGUUCUUCGCACCUUUACCUCGACCUCACCGGCAGCUGCAACCUACUCGGAGGUGGUCCUUGCCUCAGAUUUGGCUUACGCCGGUCAGGUCGUGGCCAUGGACGUCGAUCACGACGGGCGUGACGACAUUGUCGCCUCUGACUCGUACGCCGCCUUUGUCUUCAUCACUCCGCUUACGUCGUCUUCCGACGUCUUUAGGAAUGCCAACAGCCGUCCGCACGUCCUCGCCACUGGCGAUCUCGACUCGGACGGCGACGAUGACCUUGUCGUCGGCACCGUUGCCACCGGCAUUCUCCGUACCUUCCCCGUCAUCUCACGCCACUCGCAGAUCCAAGCCCAGCUUGCUGCCAGGAACAUUGCGCCGCCUCCCGGGCACUCGGAUCGCUCGUCCCGAGCCAUCUCCGACCUUGUCGCCAAGUCUUCGCGAUGCGUCACCGACACGGUCCUCAUCCCAACGGGCACCUACGCCUGCCCGACCUUCCAUCCGCUCAUCACCUGGCCGGUCAACAUCGCGCCCGUCACCCCCGGCGGUGUCACCAUCGACUGUGCCAACCAGAGUUCAGAUGGUGUCGUUCUCAAGGCUGCACCCUCGCCGGUGACUGGAUCGCCGCUACGCGGUGUAGUCACUGUCAACGACAUCGACGUCGUCAACUCGGGCUCCUCGGGAGGUCUUCCGGCAUUUGCCGUCUCAGGCACCGGCGCCGCCCUCACCAUCAGCAACGCAGCCAUCUCCGAGGCCGCUGUGGGCGGAUCAGGCGGCGCCGUCGUAGUCGACGACGGCGGUGUCCUCGUCGUCACCAACACCUCUUUCACCAACUGCGAAGCAGGCGGGUCUGGGGGCGCCAUCUAUGGAACGCCCUCGGCCGGCAGCGUCACCAUCAGCUCUGUCACCCUCUCCGGCAACACCGCUGGAGCCGGCGGCGCCAUCGCCUGGACCUCGCCCGCUGCGCUAGCCAUGGACUCGGCAUCGACGUGCAACGCCAACAAGGCAACCGCAGGCAAUGGUGGAUGCCUUCUGGUAUCAACUCCUUCUCCCGAUCUCAGCCUCUCUGGCGUGACCGUGAGUAACAACUCAGCGGCCGGCUCGGGCGGGGGCCUGGCUGUCCAUCGCCCAACGGGUGCCGGAGGCGGCUCUGUCGCCAUCACCUCCGGCACGAUGUUCAACGACAACGUGGCCGCCGUUGAUGGCGGUGCGCUCGCUGUGAGUGUUGCGCCCGGUGCGUCGGCACCGGCUUCGCUCUCGCUCUCGGGCGUGACAGCAAUGGGCGGAUCGGCUGGGAGGGCAGGCGGAGUGGUGGCCAUCGCCUCGCGCCCGGGCGCAGCGUGGGCCACCACCAUCACCUCGUCGACUUUCACCUCGCCAAACGCCAGUAUCGGAGGCGGCCUUGCGUGCGCGCAUCCAGACUAUGCGCUAAGCGGCCCGUACGCCGUCUCGAGCUUCCCCACCGCCGCCCCGGCCUCGGGCGCCACCAUCGCCUGUGAUGGACUCACCAUCUCGACGGCGACGGCUCUGUUUGGCGGUGGCGUGUUCGAAGCCGACUGCUCACUCUCGGCAUCGGCCAACAAGCUGACCCUCUUGAGCUGCUCCGCGCAGGUAGCCGGUGCCGAGGGUUUUGCCGCCGAGUUUGCCUCGGCAUCAUUCCCGGUCACCGGCCCGGACUCGCCGCACUCGUCGACGUUGAUCCAGCCCGAGUCGUACGGCCCGGCGUGGGCGACGCCGCCGGUUUCGGCAGCCUUUACCAGUGACUUUUCCGGCACGGUCCAUGCCUCUGGUGUUGAACUGGGGCUUGAUAUGGCGAUGACUGCUCUCGAUGGCUAUGGACAGACCGUGGCCGAUCCCGGCAUGGUAGUCGAGCUGACAACGCCCGACUUUGCCACUGCAUCGCCGCUCCCGGCAACCCUGGUCGGCACAAACAGCUCCGGCGCAGUUGAUCUCAGCACUAUGGCUGUCUUUCUCAACACCGACAACCUCUCGGCUGGCAUCAAGACCAUCGACAUCAGCGUGGGCACACUGAUGCUCUCGACCACGCUCGAAAUCACGCUCUCAUGCUGA